AUGAAGCCCUUCAGUCUCUUGUCUCUUGCCCUUGUUGGCGCUGCUUCGGCUCAGAGCCGCACUUCUCUGACCGAUGCCCUCGACUCAAAGAAUGAUACCCUCUCUGAGCUGAACGGCCUCAUCAGGGCCCAGCCUGGCCUUGCUCGAUCGCUCUCCCAGCUGCGCAACAUUACCAUCCUCGCUCCCAGCAACGAUGCCCUUGAGGCGCUUCUCAAUGAUACCACUGUUGCGAAGCAGGUCGCGGCGGAUCCUGGCCUCAUUGGUGCUAUCCUCCAGUACCAUGUCCUCAAUGGCACGUACUAUGCCAGCAACAUCACCGACACACCUACCUUUGUCAAGACGCUGCUCACCAACGAGACCUACACCAAUGUUACCAGCGGACAGGUCGUCGAAGCUGUUGCUGCCAAUGACACUGUCAGCUUCUACAGUGGAUUCCGUGCUCAGUCCAAUGUGACCGAGGCUAACCUCAACUUCACCGGCGGUACCAUCCACAUCAUCAACCGCGUCCUCAGCAUCCCCAAGAACCUCACCGACAUUGCCAUCGCCGCCAACCUCUCUGCCGUCGUUGGCGCCUUUACUGAGGCUGACCUCGGAGAAGACGUCGUCGAGGAGAAGAACAUUACCGUCUUUGCGCCCAACAACGCUGCAUUUGCCGAUAUUGGUUCCGUUGUGGGUAAUCUCAGCAGCGACGACCUCGAGAGCAUUCUCAAGUACCACGUUGUCAAUGGCACUGUCGGAUACAGCAGCACGCUGAGGAACGGCACGCUUAGAACUUCCGAGGGCGAGGAUAUCAACAUUGCCAUCCAUGAUGGCGAUGUCUUUGUCAAUGAGGCCAAGGUUGUCAUUCCUGAUGUCCUCAUCGCCAACGGUGUCCUCCACGUCAUUGACGGUGUCCUCAACCCUGAGAACCCCUCCGCCACGGCAAACCCCACCGCCGAGACCCAGGCCCCGGCCUUCUCCGGCGCCAGCUCGGCCAGCGACGUUGGCGUUCCCUUCACCUCGGGUGUGCCGCAGGGUACUGAGCAAGUCACCGGACUUACUACCUCGACUUCGACUGAGGCUGCUCCUCAUGCUACGGCUGCGAUUGCGCUGGGUGCUCUGCUUGGUGGUGCCGCUGUUGUCAUGAACUAUUAA